UAGAAAAGAAGUCGAGUGCACACUCCGCUGUGCAAAGGGGUAUGGCUUGCAUAGACUGUUCAAGGACAGGUGAUUACACUUUGCAGAGUUUCAAGGGCUUCAGGAAGAGGAUGGUUCCUGCAUAAAUGUCUGGGAUGAAGUAAGAGGUAGGCGGACGGUCCUCCUCGGCAGUUCGACCGGAGUGGGAAAGCCCAGUGAAACUUUUCAGGCGCUCGCGGUCCACUGAUGCUCCUCUGGCUGAGAUCAGGAGCGAAACCCGGGACUGGAGGAGGCGCCGAGCUGCGCGGAGCUGCAAGAGGGCGUUGCGAUCCGCCAGAAGCGGGGAUUCACUAGGCGUCCUCCCGGGGGCUUUCCCAACAUAGGCGGCUGGUGGAGCCAGCGCGCAGCAGCCAAGCGGGCGAUCACUUGCUUCUCCACCCUCCUCCCGCCGCACUCCUUCCCACACCCACAGGCGUCCCGCCCCCCUCGCCCUUAUAGACCUGGCAGUGCACCUCGGCGCCGCUCGGCGGUAGAGGCUGCCUGGAGCAGACGGCACGGCCGAGGCCCGGGUAACUGAGCGCGGCGGCGGCUGCGCCCAGCACCAUGGAGGGCAGGCCAGCUCCAGCCCCUGCCCGGGUCGCCGCCGACCUCCGCCUCCAACCGCGCCGCGUCUGCCGGCUUCCGCUGCUACUCUCCGGGCAUCUUCCUCUCCUCACCUCGAAACCAACUUGAAGGAGACGCUGGGCGACGGCGGAGGCGCCCCUUUCUGUACCUGCCGCAACUACUCCUACCCCGGCAUGUGGGCGCGGGAGACGUCCGCCGACGCGCGCGGCAACCUCACCAGCGCCCCAGGGUCGGGCCAGUAUCGCGGCUCGGUGUCCGUGGCCUUCCCGAUUACCAUGUUCAUCACUGGCUUCGUGGGCAACUCGCUGGCCAUGCUGCUGGUGUCGCGGAGCUACCGGUGUCGGGAGAGCAGGCGCAAGAAGUCUUUCCUACUGUGCAUCGGCUGUCUGGCGCUCAGCGACCUGGUCGGACAGGUGCUCACCUCCCCGGUGGUCAUCGUUGUGUAUCUCUCCAAGCAGCACUGGGAGUACAUCGACCCGUCGGGGCGGCUGUGCAAGUUCUUCGGUCUGACCAUGACUGUUUCUGGGCUGUCCUCGCUCUUCAUCGCCAGCGUCAUGGCCGUAGAGAGGGCUCUGGCCAUCCGGGCGCCGCACUGGUACGCGAGCCACAUGAAGACACGCGCCACCCGGGCAGUGCUGUUCGGAGUAUGGCUGGCUGCACUCGGCUUCAGCCUGCUGCCUUUGGUGGGCGUGGGCCAAUAUACCACCCAGUGGCCCGGGACAUGGUGCUUCCUUAGCACCGGGGGAGGGGGCAACAGGACUAGCUCUCGGCACAACUGGGGCAACCUUUUCUUUGCCUCCACUUUCGCCUUCCUGGGGCUGUUGGCGCUGGCCGUCAUCUUCACCUGUAACUUGGCCACCAUUAAAGCUCUGGUGUCCCGAUGCCGGGCCAAGGCCUCUGCGUCGCAGUCCAGUGCCCAGUGGGGCCGGAUCACGACAGAGACAGCCAUCCAACUCUUGGGGAUCAUGUGCGUGCUGUCAGUCUGCUGGUCGCCGCUACUGAUAAUGUUGUUGAAAAUGAUCUUCAACGAGACAUCAGUUGAGCACUGCAAGACUCAUACAGAAAGGCAGGAAGAAUGCAACUUUUUCUUAAUAGCUGUUCGCCUGGCUUCACUGAACCAGAUUUUGAAUCCCUGGGUUUAUCUGCUGCUAAGAAAGAUCCUUCUUCAAAAGUUUUGCCAGAUCAGUCACCACUCAAACAGCUAUGCUUCCAGCUUCGUCUCGUUGCCCCACCAGUGUUCCUCAACCUUGAUGUGGAGUGGCCAUUUGGAAAGAUACCCCUGGAAAACAAAUGAAGGGAAAAGAAAGGAGAUGCCCAGUUCCCAUCUCUUUACUGAUAAUGAAAAAAGUGGAGUUGGACUUUGAAUUGCAAUUCCUGCCUCCCUGAGAUUGUAUAUUUCUUCCCACCUGAGGAGAAUGUUAUAUUUUGAUUUGGAUCGCUUCUUCAUUUUCAUCUUAUUUUUAAUUAAAUUUUUUUUCUUGGCAAUAAUACCCCCAAGACUAGGUUUAUUAUUAUUACUUCAUGCCUCUGAGUAUUAAAUUGACUUCUUGAACUGGAUUUUGAAGUUGGCAGAAUUUUACAGAUGAUGAGUUGUGGGAAAAUGAAAAAGAGAAAAAAGCCCAUGUUCCAGGAGUUUUCUUCCCACCUUCAAACCUUUGCUUGAAUCUUAACCAAUACGGAUAUCUUUAUGUUUUAUGGUAGUUUUGAAUUCAAAAUGUGAAUUUUAAAAAUCAUUAUAACUUUUUGACAAUGAAAAGUCAACAUAUUGAGAGGAAGAAAUUAAUUAACAGAACAUGAACUAACAAGAUAGGAAAGUUGCCAAAUAAGGCAGGAGGGUAUUUUUGCCAAAUCUGUGACUAAUGCUUUGGAGAUGUGUCCCUCUGGGCUAAGCUUGGACCUGAACUUCUAUCACUUCUGGCCAUGUGUUAUUUAGUAACUCAAGACUCUGCUUAACUAUUAUUUCUCUGCUUUGGAUGCUAUGAAGGGCAUUCUUGCAAUAUCAUAAAAAACAAUAAUGAAGCUAGAGGAUUAACUGUUCAGUUAGAGCAAUGAAGUCUCCAGACCCAGCCUUCUGAUUAGCCACUGUCAAUUCAGGAUUUCUUAAAAUCUCUUCUCAGGCAGCUUACAAAAAGGUAGAAUUGAGAAGCAACAUGGCUAUAGAAUACCAGGGUUCACUAUUUUUUAUGAAACAUAGGUACCUCUUUUGUCUGAAUUGAAUUAAAAACUUCUGUGAACUUCUUUAGAGUACUUUGAGUCAUCUGAUAUCUUUUAGCUGGUCUGCCCUUACCUGUUUAAACAUUCAACCAGCCUUCCAUUCUCUUGUUUUCCUUUGCCUCUUUCUUCCUCUUUCCCUUUCCUCCCCUUCCUCACUCAAUUCACACAUGCUUAUUGAGUGUGUUCUGUUUCAGCACUGCAGUAAGGCCCUUGCUGUCAUUUUACAUAGACAUCUUGGGAAGGGAUGAAAAUAUGGUGUCAGCAGUUUUGCAAUAGAAGCCUAUCACUGUGACUCCAUUGUCAUUUCUGUCAGCUAGAUUAAACUAAUAGUAGAGCCAUUCCUCUUAAAUGGUUGAGCCAGUUGCGUAUUACAAUUAUUUUCUUUCAAAUCUGUAUUCAAAAUGGCCCUUAAGGUAACUAGCACAAAGCUAAUGCCGUACACAAUCCCUUUAUUCAUAUUUAAAUUCAAUAAACUUUUAUUGAGCAAUAGUAUUUACUACCAUCCUAGGAUGUCCAUGCUUCUGAUACAACCCCCAAAUCAAGUUUUUUUUGAUCACAGGUUUAUUGCUCUUUCUAUAGUAGAGUGAGAUGCACAAUUUGCUACAAUGAGAUUCCAUUUAUAAGACCAUAUGACAUAGUAACAGAAGCAUGGGCUUUGGAAUCAGUUAAACUUGGAUUUAAACACUCUCAUUGAGUCUCAAUUAAUAUAUAAAUAAGAGAUAAUAUUUACCUUGAAGUGUUUUUAUGAUAAUAUAUGUCAAAAUUAGUGUAAAACAGUAGAUACUCAGUAAGUAUUAACUGUGAUCAAUUUUUUUGUCCAUUCUUAUUUCUGACUAUUUAAUAUGAGCCCUGAAUUCCAACUAUAAACUGACUUUCUGACUGUAUGGAUUUAAACAUAUGGACAGAAUCAACUCCAAACUUUUGUUUUCUAUUCUUCCUGUUUAUAAUACCUUAUGAUUAUCUUUGUACAUGCAAAUCCUAACCAUCCCCCACAUGUUAAAUAUUAUCUUGUCCUCCAAUCUUGAAAAAUUUAAGUUCUUUCUUCUUUUCUCGCCUCUAACUCCAAUUAUGAAGUUAUAGUGUUCAUUUUGAAGAUCACUGUACACAUUGUUCAUUAAAUGUUUUUGUUGUAUAUAUCUUUUUCCCUUGACAGGAUUUGAAUUCAUGGUGGACAGGAUCCUUUUCUUAUAUUUUUUUCAUAGAUUUCUUUGCACUUAGUGCAGUAUUCAACACCUUAUAUGCUAGUUGUUUUGUAAUUUCCUAACAAAGUGUGCAUUUAUAUUCAAGAUUAACAAUUGCAAACAUAAAUGGAUGUGAUAGAAAGUUCUUUGUUUCCAUGUUGUUAUUCAACUCGGGAGCUUGUAUGUUAAAGCUUUCCCAAUUUGAAAAUAUCACAUGUAGUUUAUUAUAAUAAUGUUUAUGAAAGCUCUUUAUGUGAAAAUAAUAACAUAAUUGGAAAAGUUUGAAAAAUAAUGCUUAUUUCACAAAGGUAUUGCUUAUGCAAUUAGGGGUGAUAUUAGUCCAAUUAGUCUGAAAUCUGGUACAGGGACAGUAUAUGGAUUUUUUUUUAAUCCACAGAAAUGUAUCCAUUGCAUACCAAAUUCACUAAAACAAUAUGUAGUCAAAUA